AUGUCACCCAUUGCUCGCCUAGAGCAGCUAACAUUUGGCAUACAACUCGGUGACAAUAAACCCAGCCACAUGCUGACUCAGCUUCAACGAACUGGUGUUACAACAGACAAACGGCUUAUCAAGGAUUUCUGGCUUCAAAAGCUACCAGUUUCAGCACGCGCAGUUAUCGCUGGCGUCGACAAGUGUAACCCUAAUAUGUCAUUAGAGCAACAAGCAUCCAUCGCUGAUGAAAUAAUUGACGUUGUACGAGUUAGCUCAGUAGAUGUUGUCAGCGCUCGUGAUCCAAACAAGCAUUCCCAGCAAAACGUCAAUAAUAAUCCUAUCGAUCAAAAAUCUUCCAUUGAAGAAAGAAUUAAACGCAUCGAGCACACUCUUUCCCGUAUCGAGCUUAAAGCUAAUCAGGAUAGUAAUCGUAGAUCUCGAUCUCGCCGUAGAAACAACAGUACUCCGCGCAGGUCAUCCAGCUCCUACCACGGCGAUUGCUGGUACCACAAAAGGUUUGGCGACAAAGCUCAAAAGUGCGAUCCACCUUGCAAUUUUAGCGCAGAAAAAAACUAA